UGAGAAGUGUUUUCGGUGCGCGCGCCGCCACCGCAGAACGCUCCGGGCGUCCUUGUCGUUCGGCAGAGUUAUCGGGUCGCCGUUAUCAGAUAGGAAAUUUCCUUUCACGGCAGAGCGGAAAAAACGGUGUCAAGCAUUCUCUUAUAGUUCGCCGCUGGGCUCCCGUGCCGUGCUCUUCUGUCGCAGCGCCUUUGGAUUACAUCGCAACGGUCUGCGUGCACGCUUGGAAACAUGACAUCCGCACCGUCCUCACCCAAAGCGAGACAAGGACACGUUCGGGGACAAGAAAGACAAGGACAAGGACAAGAAACAAGGACAAGACAAGGACAAGAAAGCGAGCAAGACGGGGAGUCUUGCUCGCUUUCUUGCAAGGAAGGUGAGGUUUCUGAUGAAACGCCAACGGAUACAGCUGUUUCUGGCUCUCAGGAGCCAGGUCGUGGCAACCCGUUCGUCGAGCCAGAGAUUUCCUGCUUCUGGACUACGCUGGUUCGUGACAUCACCGAAAAACAAGCAUGGAGAGUUAAGGCAUUCGACGACAGCAGCGAGCGCUUGCUGGAUGCGUACUCCGAAGAUGUGCGCCAUUACCCACUUCCAGAGGAAAGAAUCCGCAUGAAGCAUCGCAGGGACGCGGCCCUGAAGCUCAGAGCGGAUCCGGGGCGCUGGUCCCGACUCGUCUUGGCUGGGCUGAGAGAACUGGCCGCGGACGCAGCGGGGCCGGGCACUGCUGCGAUAGUCCGCACCGGCCUGCUGCACGCCUUCCAAGACUUUGCGACGCACAUUCGCUACUUCCAGAUCACGCGAGGCCUGAUGGAAGCGGCGGGCAUGGCCGUGCCGCUGACUGCCAACGCGUCUUCGUCCGUGCACGACGUGGACAAGUUGGACCCCGUGAUGCUGGCGGGAUACUGCGAGCGUUGGGAAGACGUUCGCGACACAGCUCUCUGGCACGCCUGCCUCGAAUACCACUACGCCAUCAACACGCACCACCAGCAGAACGAAUUGUGGCAUAUGGAGGAAGGCGAGACCAAGGAGGAACAAUGCUGCCGGGCCCUGCCAGAGUUGCUGUGUGACAAGGCGUCGCGCAAGUUGCAGAAGGAGCUGAACGGCGUGGUUUCUUCGACAAUGUGGUCCGUGGAGACGCAGUUCUACCUGGGGAUACCAGACAAGUGGUUCGACCGCGCAUUGGAAAUGGCUGCCUCUCUGGCUUCUUGCCGUAAAAUACACCAGACCAACACUUAACGCCUUCAGGUCAGCACCUGGGCUGUGUGACGCAUGUUCUCGUUCUGCUAGCUUUAUUUGUCCGACUUGCUAUAUAGUAACUAGGGCGUUGACAAACUACACGCAGUUGUUUUUGUUUUGCUUUGCUUUUCGUAUACUGAUCGGGAAAAAUUUAGCAACACAGUGCCUUCUGCUGUGCGUGUAGCAAUGACAAGGAUUUGUCUUGGCCCUUGAGAAAAUCUGUGCACAAAACCUUCGGUACACAUUAUUCAUGGAACCUAUUGAAUUUGGGCAUAGACUUUCGCAGGCGCAUGUCAGCAUAUUGAAAGCUACUAAGACGCCUGACAAAGCACGUGAAUGACACGUUCGUCCACUGAGUGCUAAUAAACGUGCGCGAAUGUAUACGGACUGUGUCGAUUUCAACUCACUACAAAAAAAAAAAAGAAA